UCAAAGCCAUGUUGUCCUCUUGCCUCUCUGUGGGAUACAGCAACGUGUCUGAGCCGAUGACACAUUUAUGAAUCGAUCGCCGCACCUUCAGAGGGCCGAUGAUUCGCUGAGGGAAGCGCUGAGCUGCCAAAAGGAGCUUGGGGAUCUCGGCUGCAUGAAUGAAGGCAGCAGCGUGAGAACAAUGCAGCGUUGGAUGGAUCAUUCUGUGGUGACGGUGCCUACCGCAAUGCAGGAACUUGUCGUCGUCCAGCACGAGUGUGAAGGGGGUCUGGAUGUGCUCAGCAACAAAGUACCUCUCCCCCAGCCCUCUGUCUCCCGGCAAGAUGCGCGCCUUGGUCGUGUUGAAUUUCGUGAGAUGGUUGUGCAGCUCAUUGCGAAAGGCCUCCAGAGAUUUCCCAGGGGGAGUCCAUGUAUCGAGGACAAUCUCUCGGACGAAGCUGCAGUCUUCAAGACGCGGAACGAGAGAACGCAACGCACGGAACGCACGGAACGGUCCCAUCCGCACAGCCACGCUUACAGACUCCUGCACGGCGGACACAGAGUGCCGUUCUGCGCUGCUUCUGAUUUGCUCUUGUACCACACCUGGAGGUCUUGUAUCGCAGUGUCGUUCAU